UUGCAAACGCUUAAAAGAAAUUACGCUUUUUAUGGUAGGCGGCAGAGAUUUGUUUUUUAUUUUAUGACUGAAUUAAGAGGAGUUCGCUUCGUAUUUGUUGUCAGAGUCACAGUCUCAUAAAUAUUCAGUAGCUUGACGAGUCAUAAAGACCGCCUCUCCUGCACCAACUGCACAUUCAGCAUCCUCCGGCGCAACAUCUCACUGAGCUUUCGUCAGACUCCGAGUCGGUUUCAUUGUGACUGGGGCAACUUUUAAUUUCCGAGAAUGGCUUUGAGAGGAGCACUUUACCGUCUUUCCCACUCUUCCCGUCAUUUCAACCAUACUUGCCAGCAAAGCAGAGCUCAUUCGGUGGCCGUGCUUGGCGCUCCGUUUUCAAAAGGACAAAAAAAGAGAGGUGUGGAGCAUGGCCCUAAAGUCAUCAGGGAUGCGGGGCUCAUAGAGAGGCUUUCAAAUUUUGACUUUUCUGUCCAUGACUUUGGGGAUCUGAACUUCCAACACCUGGAGGAGGAUGAGCCCUACAUGGAUGUAAAGUUCCCUCGGACUGUGGGUGCAGCAAAUAAAAAGCUGUCUGCAGCAGUGAGGAAUGCUGUCAGUGCUGGCCACACUCUUCUUAUGCUGGGAGGUGAUCACAGCCUUGCUAUUGGAUCAGUGAGCGGCCAUGCCCAGCAUAGUCCUGACCUGUGCCUUAUCUGGGUUGAUGCUCAUGCAGAUAUCAAUACCCCUAUGACCUCCCCUUCAGGAAACCUCCAUGGCCAACCUGUGUCAUUCAUGCUCAAAGAGCUGCAAGACAAGAUGCCAGAUAUCCCUGGGUUCUCCUGGACUAAGCCAUUUCUCAGCUCAAGAGACCUGGUGUACAUUGGACUGCGGGAUGUUGACCCUGGGGAGUACCAAUUCCUCAAGAGCUUCGGUAUCCAGUAUUUCACCAUGAGAGAUAUCGACAGACUAGGCAUCCAAAGGGUCAUGGAAGUCACUUUUGACCAUCUUCUGGCAAGAAAACAACGACCAAUACACUUGAGCUUUGACAUCGAUGCAUUCGACCCGUCUCUGGCUCCCGCCACAGGAACACCAGUAAAUGGAGGUCUGACCUACAGAGAGGGAAUCUACAUCGCAGAGGAGAUUCAUAACACAGGUCUGCUGUCAGUCAUGGACAUGGUAGAAGUAAAUCCUGUCCUUGGGGCAAGUCCUGAAGCUGUGGAGGCUACUGCCACGUUAGCAGUUGAUGUCAUUGCAUCAUCAUUGGGACAGACGAGAGAAGGCGCUCACACAUCCAUGGACGAAAUUCCCUCUGGGAAAAACGACACAGAGCUUCGCCUCUAAGGGCAUGAAGCAAAGCUAUGGACUUCAACACUGUCAUCCCUGACCAUUCCACAGAUUUAAAUACAAGACUGCAAAGACUAUAUCUAUUUGAAAGGUGACAGUUUAAAGCUUUUUUUUUUUCUAUUUUUUUGCUGCUUGGUCUUUCACUUUGAAAGCUAAAUUAUGUCGGGAUUCAUGAAACUACGAAAGGGCUUUGCAUAAUCUUUCUUCAUAUUGAUAAUGCUGAGAAAAGUCUUUGACAGAAUUUAGACACCAAUACAGCUAUUGGGGAUACAGCAAUACUAACUUAUUUUAUUAUUAUUAUUAUUAUGUGUAAUAACUUGUCUGGCUAUCUCUGAUAGCGCCCUGCAAACCUCCAAUAAGUGGCUAAGAAAUGAUGGGUGGGUGGUUAAUCUUAGGUGUGCGUUGCCACAGCUGCCAAGUAUCUAUCAUGUUUGGUUUAUGAGAGAAUUAGCUUGCAUCAGCGGUACAAAAAGUAUCGAGUAUGUACGACUGAAGUUCACAGUCUACUUUGGACUGUUUUGUGGCUGUGCCAGUUAGUUAAAACUAGAGGUAUGCUAUCACUUCUGUGAUAGUUGUAGUUACUGUAUUUUCUUUAGAGUUUACUUUUCUAUUUUUACUGUGAAUCAAUACAUGGACUAUAGUGAUUUGUGCACCACUAUUUCAGCAUCCCUGGAAAAAGUAAUAACUAUUUGUAUCAUUAUGCGUGAACUAAAUUAUGGCUUGUUAUUGUCCUUGUAACAAAGAGCUUCUAUUUUGGUCUUCCUUUAAUAUGAUUAAAGUUUUUUGUUUGUUUCUA